AUGGCGCCCUCUGCUGACACAACACUAGGUCUACUAGGCACAGGCAAGAUCGGCUCUGCUGUUGUCGCUGGUUUUUGCAGCGAUAACGGAUGGCAACCUAAAUGCGUGUUUGUGUCUGCGCGCACUAACGCUAAAUCAGACGCACUCGCGGUCAAGUUCCCAAGCCGUGUGUGUAUCAGCGCAUCGAACCAGGAAAUUGUGGAUAAGAGCGACGUAAUCUUCAUUGGGCUGUUGCCUGAUGUUGCGCGCGAAGAGCUGCUCAAGCUUUCCUUUUCUGGGAAAAAAGUGGUAUCUAUGAUGGCCACCAUUCGAUACGACGAGCUGUUGCAACUUGUCCAGCAGCCUACGGAGUGUGUCGUGCGCUGUGUGCCGCUUCCCGCUGCUGCCAAGCGUUCGGGUCCCAUACUGGCCUAUCCAGACAAUGCCUACGCCCGUGACUUGUUUGCACAGAUUGGUACACCUGUCAUGGUUGCACAAGAAGCAGAGAUUAUCAAGCUUACUGGCAUCACUGCACUUAUCUCCUUCUUCUACGCCACGUGCGAUACCGCGCAAAAGUGGUGUGUCAAAAAUGGUGUCGACGAUCAAACUUCGCGAAACUUCAUUGCGUCAUUCAUUCACACGCUGGCUACGGCUGGCACCCAAUCGAAUGAAAGCUUUGGUGAAAUGGCCGAUGAGGCUGCCACGCCUGGCGGUCUAAAUGAGCAGGUACACCGCGCACUAGAUGGAAACGGCGGCUACGAACUUGUGGCAGAUCAACUAGACGCCAUCUUUAAGCGCAUAACAGGGACCGACCCAGUGCCGCGUCCUUGCCGCAUCUAA